AUAAGAGGUUAUGUUAUUUUUCUACGAUAGUACUGUAGAAUUAUUUCCCAAAUUUGGUUUUUUGUCGCUCCUAAAAAUUUGUCGCUAUGGGCCCGAGCUGGGUCGAGCGUUCUAAAAAACCGCUCGGGCAACGAGCGUUCUAAAAACCGCUCGGGCAACGAGCGCUCUAAAAGUGCUCGGGCGGUUUAUCGCGAGCGCUCGGGAAAAGCGCUCACGAGCGAAAAAAACGCUCGGGAGCGGAAAAUCCCGAAGAAUCUCAGGAAUCUGACAGAUUCCAAGAACAGGGAGGUUAACAGGUUUUCUCUAUGUUUUCAAACCGUCGUGUUUCUGCAGGUUUUUCAAAUCUUCGAAUCCAAAAUUGUGAAUAUUUGAAGGGAGUGUGGGGUCUCUAAAUUGGAAGCUGAUGACUCCGGUAAUUUGGGAAUGGAAAAGGAGAGCUGAAAGUAGAAGACAGGUGCAAGAUAUAGACUAAAAUUGGGACUGGUGACCAGAAAAAGGGACCUGAAGAAUGAGAAAUGGCUCUCGUGGCCCUGGAUAGUAAAUUGGAAACCUGAGGCUGGAGUUCCGAAACUAGAGGAAAAAAACUUGAUAGGUGCCAUUGGCAACAACAGUACCAAAAUAGUGAUCAUCGGGGCGGGCGCCGCAGGAAUUGCGGCGGCCUCGCGAUUGUACCGGCACGGUUUCGCAAACGUCAAAAUUCUGGAGGCGGGCGAUCGCAUCGGCGGUCGAAUUCACAGCGUCAAAUUCGGCGAGAGCUUCGUCGACCUUGGAGCGCAGUGGUGCCAUGGGGAGCAAAACAAUUUGGUCUACGAGAUGGUCAAAGAUCUUCGUCUGUUAACCGACGACGAGCACUCCCCGUCCUUGUACCAUUCGCGACUGAAACGAGUCGACUGGGAGUUCUCGACGAAGCUGAACCAGGUAUUUCAACAGGCUUUCGUUGGCAACAAUUCCGAAGGAAGGAAUAUGGGCGAUUUUCUGAGUGAAAGGUUUAGGGCCUUAAUUGGGCGGACUUGGACGGGUGACAAAGAACAGAUCUUGGCAGGGGAGUGCCUGGAUUUGCUUCGGAGGCAAAUAGAAUCUUAUUUUGCAGUGUUCUCCUGGAGGCAACUAUCGACGCGCAGUGAGCACAAAAUUUCCGCCGGUAACCAGCACCUGGGCUGGAAUGGAUUGGGUUACAAAACCAUUUUAGACGUCCUGAUGAAGGAUGCUCCAAUCCGCGACAGUGUCUUUCUAAAUAAACAGGUGCGCAAAAUCGCCCUGACACCCCAGAGCGGUGCCUUGGUGGGUUGCGCGGAUGGAGCUAGGUAUAACGCCGAUCACGUGAUUUGGACACCGUCGCUCGGAGUCCUGAAGCGCGAUUACUUGUCACUUUUCCAGCCGAAGCUCCCCGAGAGGAAGAUCAGGUCCAUACAGACUUUGGGAUUCGAUGCCGUUGCGAAAAUCUUCAUCCACUUCCCACGCAGGUGGUGGAAUGACGAUUUCCAAGGCGUACAGUUCGUGUGGAACGCGGAGGAUUUGCAAAACUCAGGACGGGUGUUCGGCGAAGGGCCCCACCAGGGUAGCAUAUCGUGGAUCACGAAAAUUUACGGCAUUCUUCCCGUCCAAAGAAAUCCGAACCUCCUCCUGGCGUGGUACUGCGGAGAAAUGGUGCCGGAAAUCGAGCGCCUCCCCGACCGAAUCAUCGCCGACGGUUUGAUGCACACACUGGAGCGAUUUGUGAAGCGGGACUACCCGAACCUUACUCGGCCCGAUAAAAUACUAAGGAAAAACUGGUACAGUGACCCUCACUUUCGCGGAACUUACUCGUUCGAAACCGUCGAGUCUCGGAAACUGGGCGCGCCCCAGUCCGCCGUGUUGUCCGAACCGAUAGUGACGAAUGUGGGGAAGCCGGUGCUCUUGUUCGCGGGAGAGGCGACCAGUUCGUUUUACGGCGCCCUGGUAAACGGCGCAAUCGAGACGGGAUUUAGGGAGGCAGAUCGAAUAAUAAAGUUUUACAAAUGAAAAGUGUCCCAAUCGUAUAUCUUGAAACUUAAUUGAAUUUUCCUUCUUAUCGCAGUGACAGGAGAUAAACUUUAAAAACAACACAGA